AUGAAUAAAGUUAUGACUACACCUUCAAAUGCCAGUUUCUAUGGUCAAGAUCUUGUAGGAGUAUCAAGUUCCGAGCAUAUGGGUGUAACAUCCAAGGAACAUUUACAGACGCAUGAUAAACAAAACAACUUGGAGCAGCCUCAACCAGCAUCAAAUCAACAGUCUCAACCAAAUCAACCAAAUUCAUCCAUUCAAAAACAACAAGCAACUAAUACUCAAGUACAAACUUCAGGUUUUGAAGGGUUGAAUAUUUAUCCUGCAUCAAUGCCAACUACUACAAACAGAAAUCAAAGAAAUUAUGUAAUGGAUUAUUCUAGUUAUUACAAUUUACAACCUGGUUAUCCAGUUGUUACAAAUAAUGAAUUUACAAAUACUACCGCAUCUACAUCUAACACUACGAAUGGUGGAUUAAAUGAUUAUCAAAGUUAUGUGAUGAGUCCUACAUUUCAAACCAAUUCAAAUUCAACUCCAGACAUGCAAUCAUUUAGAAGUAAACAAAUACCGCAGCAACAACCACAACACCAAAAACAUCAAUCAUAUUCUCAAAAUUAUAAUCAACAAAAUGCAUAUUAUACACAACCUCAACCUCAACAGCCACAACAGCAACCGCAACAACAAGCACAAGACAUGUACAAUUAUGGAAAAUCUCAAACUCAACCGUCAAUUUAUUCAUCUUCAAAAAUUGCACAGCAGAAUUAUAUCUCCCAACAAACUCAGGAUUAUCAAAAUGAGAAAAUAGACGAAGAUAAUGAACAACUUCAGCAACAACAUCAACAACAGCACCAGCAGCAACUGCAACAACAACAACAACAACAACAAAUACAUCUGCAACAACAACAGCAGCAAUUGAUGUUGAGUCAAGCAUUUGGAAGUCCAACUACUAUGUUAUAUCCUCAAUCCAGUGUAUCACAAUAUCUGUCCUAUACCACACCUACAAUUCCAUCUACAUAUCAAGCAUAUGCAGCUCAGAGGCAACAAUCACAACCUUCAAAGUCACAAUCAUUCUUGAGAAAUCCUCUGGUCUCAUCUACUUUAACUACCAAAUCAAGGCAUUCAUCUACAUUUUCAAACAAAGAUCAUAUUUCUUCAAGAGCGACAUCAAUCAGCAGUAGCAUUCCACAAAAUGACUUUCCUGAAAAUAUUGUCAGACCAAAAGUUGCAACAACUCGUUGGGAUGAUGAAAAUACCAAUUGUUAUCAAGUUCGUGCAAAAAAUAUUUUGGUUUCUCGUAGAGAAGACAACAAUUAUAUCAACUGCACCAAGUUAUUAAAUGUUGUUGGUAUGACAAGAGGUAAAAGAGAUGGCAUAUUAAAAACUGAAAAAGUUAAAAAUGUUGUAAAAGUUGGAUCAAUGAAUUUGAAGGGAGUUUGGAUUCCAUUUGAUAGAGCUUAUGAAAUUGCACGUAAUGAAGGGGUUGAUGAUAUUUUAACACCAUUAUUUGUUCGAAACAUCAAAGAAUAUUUUUUAGCUGAAGGUCAUAAAUUGAAAAGUGAAGAUGAUUUAGAAGCUGAAAAAAUGUCUAAGUUUAGAAAUGAAGAAGGUCAUUUUAAUAAAUUAUUAGACCCAUCGAAUUCAAAUUUUGCAAAAGGUGAAGUCGAAGAAGAAGAAGAUUGUUCAAGUAAUGGAUUUACAAAUUCAAUAAAUAAUCGUGAUGAUUAUUUUGAAAGAUCUUUACAAUCAUCAAGUAUUAAAGAAAAUGAUCUUUACGAUAAUUCACUGCAAAGUACCCCGUUAAGUGUACCAAAAACAUUAUAG